AUGCCACUCUUGACUCCGCCUAAGUCGCAAUUUGCGCCCACGAGCUUCGUCUACGAACUGAUCCACCACCCGAUCACAGUCCUCAUCACCUUUCUACACUAUCUCCUUCUCAAUCUUCGCGGACCAUCAUACAAACCCACAGCAUCGGGCAGGUCCCGCAUCCGCGUGGUCUGCAUCAGUGAUACUCACACCAAGAUCCCGCCGCAGGCACUGCCAAAGGGCGACAUUCUGAUACAUGCUGGCGAUCUGACCAACUCCGGCUCUCGUGCACAGAUUCAACAAACCCUCGACUGGCUCAAGAGUCUGCUGAAACCGUGGCCCGGGUCUCAAGAUGGAUUCGCAUACAUUGUGGUAAUUUGCGGCAAUCACGAUUCAUACCUCGAUGAGCGGUCAAGGUCGGCCCAUGACAAUGCCCACAAGAACCAGGCGCUGAGCUGGGGCAAGCUCACAUAUCUCCAGCACAAUUCUGUGACGCUGCCCUUCAUAGACGAUCGGAAGCUCAAGAUCUACGGCGCGCCUCAGAUACCCAGGUGCGGCGGAAAGGAGUUUGCUUUCCAGUAUGAACGUGGGCAAGACGCAUGGAGCAAUACCGUGCCGGACGACGUGGAUAUCUUGGUGACGCACAACCCACCAAAGUGGCAUCUCGACCUACCGACCUCCGGCGGGCUCGGAGACGAGUUCGAACUGCAAGAAAUAUGGCGUACGAAGCCGACGCUGCAAGUCUGCGGCCACGUCCACUCAGGCUACGGCAAAGAAUACCUGUGGUGGGAUCGGUCGCAGAAGCUGUUCGAGGAGUUGCGUGAGCACGCUUACGGCAAUGGCAAGGCACAGUUCUCCCAACCGCCGUUGACAGAGCUCUUUGAUGUUGCGCUAUACUUAAAGGGCAUGCAAUUGGUGUGGGAAGAUCUCAAGGCGCUCGCUUGGUCCCGGCUGUGGGGAGGUGCACGGCAAGGCGGUAUACUCGUCAAUGCCGCCUUGACGGUGCGAACAUCGAGUCAACUGGGCAACAAGCCACAUGUCGUUGACCUGUAG